AUGCAAGCAUCUACACCAUUCAACUUCAGCGAUUGGAUGAAUCACAUUCGGACAGUAUUCUGUUUCACUAAUCCACAAAAUCUUAGUUUUUAUGGAGGUUGUGAGAAAUAUGAAAUUGAAUUAUUGAAAAAAACGAUUGGAAAUGUCAACGCUCUCUUUGUGUCUCGCCUAGUGACGGAUGUUAUGAGCAGAACAAUUUUGAAACAUUUCAAUACUCCCAGCAGAUUGUUUCUAUGGAAGAAUCCAUUCGAAGAAGCUUGUCAGACUCAACAAAUCUUCAUUCAAAACCUUCAAUUUAUGGAAUAUCAUGACGUUUAUUCAUUAGAUGACAUGUUAUUGGUCAAUAGUGAAAAUGUCGAUUUUUGUCGUCCGACAACCCAAAACCAAUUAAAUCAAUUCCUCCAACACUGGAUCCGUGGAUCUAAUCCAAGACUGCAAUUUAUGUUUCUAUUAAUCAAUAAUACUGAUGUUGCCAGUGGAGCAAUGUAUUUGAAUGGGAUUCGAUGCAUGGAAAUGAGUGAAGAUGCAAAAAUAGAAAUUCGUGAAAAACACAAACUGUCAGUUGAUGUUGAUAUGAUUAAGAUCAAACGGAAGGAUGGUACACAUGCAGUGAUUGGGACAAACGAAUCAGACAAUAUUAUCUUUUUCCAUUUCAUUGUGUUGCACUAA